AUGGGCUCAAACUUGAACUUCUCGACGGCAUUUCAUCCUCAAAGCGACGGACAGACGGAGCGGGUGAAUGCCUUUUUAGAGGUGUACUUGCGGCACUACAUGAGUGCAAACCAACGAGAUUGGGUGAAGUUGAUGGACAUGACACAGUUCUCCUACAACUUGCACCGCAGCGAGUCAACCAACACGAGUCCAUUUGAGUUGGCGACGGGGCAACAACCUUUGACACCUACGACGGUGGCAACGGGGUAUAUAGGCAACAGUCCGGCAGCCUACAAGUUCGCUAAAGGUUGGCACGAGAAGAUGGAGAUGGCCAAGUCUUACAUAGCCCGCGGUAGUAAGAAGAUGAAGAAAUGA